AAAAAAGCUCCAAAGACAUUCGAGAGUUUCUCCUCUUCGGUCCUACGAAUCAGAACGACACACUCCGAUAACACACACGCAGAUGUAGAACAUUCCUUCGGUCUUCUCCCAGUUCUUCCUUUUUCGAUCUCGUAGUUAUAGAUUCCAAUUCCCCAAACCCUAAUUACUUCUUGUUUCACCGCAUUUAUCUGUAGAUUUCGUCAAUCCCCACUCUUUUCCACAUGAUUUCGCGCUAAAUUCCCAGUCUCUCAUCCCAGAAAACUCGUGAUCUUUUUCUCUUCCAAAUUGUGUUUUACAAGCCCAGCCACGCAAAUCGAAUUUGACAGAUCUUGGACUAUGGCCAAAGAAUUCAACGUCCCGCCGGUGGUAUUUCCCUCCGGCGGAAACCCUGGGGCGCCCGGAGCCCAACAACGACGACCAACUGCGCCGUUUCAGCCCCCGAGAUCCUCAAACCCUGGCAUACCUUUCAUGUCCUUCGACAUCGGCUCUGCUACUACAAUGACGUCGCUUCCAGCCCCACAAUACGGCAACAACUCCAUUGGUGGCGGCAUGGGUACGGGUUUCGAGGACGAACCACCUCUUCUCGAAGAACUGGGCAUAAACACAAAGCAGAUUUGGAGCAAAACGGUGUCGAUUUUGAUCCCAUUCAGAAUGAAGCCCGAUUUACACGAAGACGCGGACUUGUCGGGCCCAUUUUUGUUCCUAAUGGCGUUCGGUUUGUUCCAAUUACUUGCCGGGAAGCUUCAUUUUGGAAUAAUUUUGGGUUGGGUCACGGUGGCUGCUCUGUUCUUGUACGUGGUGUUCAAUAUGUUGGCGGGUCGUAAUGGGAAUUUGGAUUUGUACAGGUGCUUGAGCUUGAUCGGAUACUGUAUGUUGCCCAUGGUGAUUUUGUCGGCGGUCUCGCUGUUCGUGCCCCAGGGUGGGCUGGUGAUUAUGGUCCUGGCUGGGGUUUUUGUGAUUUGGUCGACCCGGGUUUGUACUAGGCUGUUGGUUGAGCUGGCUUCUUGCGGGGAUGAGCACCGCGGGUUGAUCACAUAUGCUUGUUUCUUGAUUUACGGCCUCUUUUCGCUGCUAGUGAUGUUUUGAGCUCAAUUGGUAUUGUUCUUUACCAAUAAUGUUAGAUUUGACACUUGUCAUUGUUAACAUCUAAAUGUUUUUAGUUUUGGUCCUACUGGAGGCCUGUUAUAGAGAUGGAACUUAAUUUUUUAUCAGGUUGUAUGGGAAGAUAUGGAAUGAGUGUACUUAAUUAUCUGCUUGAAUCAAUGUACUGAUUAGUAUGUG